CGCAAACUAAGGGGACUUGAGCCUUAAACCGCAAAGAAUUGUCCGAAGAAUCGUUUUUGUGUUGGCCUUUUAUAGUUCAAUAGUGUCACACACGCAAACACCCCCUCUUAUAUCACGUUCGACUCACGGACCCUAUUCAUCCCAAUUUACAGUUGCAGAAGAAGCUCUUUGGGCUUGCUAGUUCUCCUCUUGGCGCCAUACGAUUGUUUCCAGGAUUCAUCCAGAAACGGUUUUGAAUCAUCUGCUAGAAUUUUUAUUCCGGAUCUCUUUGUAAUUUCAUUUGUGUAGAUCUGGAGAUCUCAGCUAUUUGGUGAAAUAUUUUAGUUGAAAUAGAUAAGUGUGUGCAAAUUCAUCUUGAAGUGAUUCAGAUCUGAAAUUGAUGAUAAUGCAUUUGGAUAUAUAACAGAGAUCGAGGGAUUUGUUUUCAUAUUGUUGUUCUGACAAUGGAGAAAGCUUCGUUGGCUCGUUUCUGUUGUCUGUUUGUUAUUCUGUUUGCUACCGUUUGUGAUGGAUUUUAUCUGCCUGGAACUUACAUGCACACAUACUCAAAUGGUGAACCAAUACUUGCGAAAGUUAAUUCCUUGACUUCAAUCGAAACAGAGCUUCCUUUUAGUUAUUACAGUCUUCCUUACUGCAAACCUCCGGGAGGGAUUAAGAAGAGUGCAGAAAAUUUGGGGGAACUUCUUAUGGGUGAUCAGAUUGAUAACUCUCCUUAUAGAUUUAAGAUGAAUCAGAAUGAAUCACUCUAUCUGUGUACAACGAGUCCGUUGAACGAGAAUGAGGUGAAGCUUUUGAAGCAAAGAACCCGUGAUCUGUAUCAGGUGAAUAUGAUCCUGGAUAAUUUACCAGCUAUGAGGUAUGCUACACAAAAUGGGAUCAAGAUCCAGUGGACAGGGUACCCAGUCGGGUAUGCACCUCCUCUAAGUAACGAAGAUUACAUCAUAAAUCAUUUGAAAUUUAAGGUAUUGGUUCAUGAGUAUGAAGGAAGUGGUGUGGUGUUACUUGGUACUGGAGAUGAAACCAUGGCUGUGGUUCAAGAGCCUGAAAAGAAGUUAAAUGGUUAUGAAAUUGUUGGGUUUGAGGUCAUUCCUUGCAGUAUCAAACGUGAUCCCGAGGCAAUGAAAAAGCUCAAGAUGUAUGACAUUGUUGAUCCAGUAAACUGUCCUGUCGAUCUUGAGAAGUCUCAAAUAAUCAGGGAGCAAGAGCAAGUUUCAUUUACUUAUGAGGUUGAAUUCAUGAAAAGUGAUAUUAGAUGGCCUUCGAGAUGGGACGCUUACUUGAAGAUGGAAGGAGCGCGUGUACACUGGUUCUCAAUCAUGAAUUCUCUGAUGGUUAUAUUCUUUUUAGCUGGUAUAGUCUUUGUUAUAUUCUUAAGGACAGUGAGAAGGGAUUUGACAAGGUACGAGGAACUGGACAAAGAAGCUCAAGCACAGAUGAACGAGGAGCUUUCUGGGUGGAAACUUGUAGUGUCAGAUGUCUUUAGAGAACCGACCUGCUCAAAGCUACUCUGUGUGAUGGUGGGAGAUGGAACCCAGAUUUUGGGGAUGGCUGUUGUAACCAUUAUAUUUGCAGCUCUUGGUUUCAUGUCCCCAGCUUCUCGAGGAAUGCUCUUGACUGGAAUGAUAAUUCUGUAUCUUUUCCUUGGUAUUGUUGCGGGUUAUGUUGGUGUUCGAUUAUGGAUAACUGUAAAGGGAACUACAGAAGGAUGGAGAUCAGUUUCCUGGUCUUGUUCGGUUUUCUUCCCGGGAAUAGUGUUCGUAAUUCUUACCGCAUUGAACUUCGUACUCUGGGGCAGCAAGAGCACUGGUGCCAUCCCAAUCUCCUUAUAUUUUAUACUGUUGUCUCUUUGGUUCUGCAUUUCUGUUCCUUUAACCCUUUUGGGAGGUUACCUUGGGACAAAAGCAGAACCCAUUACUUACCCUGUGCGAACAAACCAGAUCCCAAGAGAAAUCCCUGCACGAAAAUAUCCAUCUUGGCUUCUUGUACUUGGUGCUGGUACCCUUCCCUUUGGAACUCUCUUCAUCGAACUCUUUUUCAUUCUUUCAAGCAUCUGGCUUGGUAGGUUCUACUAUGUCUUUGGGUUUUUGCUCGUGGUCUUCAUCUUGCUUGUCGUUGUUUGUGCCGAAGUCUCUGUUGUCCUUACGUACAUGCACCUGUGUGUGGAGGACUGGCAGUGGUGGUGGAAAGCGUUCUUUGCCUCUGGUUCAGUCUCACUGUACGUAUUCAUGUACUCUAUCAACUACCUGAUAUUUGAUCUAAGGAGUUUGAGUGGACCUGUCUCAGCUAUGCUCUACCUUGGUUAUUCAUUGAUCAUGGCAAUCGCAAUCAUGUUGUCUACUGGCACCAUUGGUUUCCUGGUUUCCUUCUAUUUCGUUCAUUACCUUUUCUCAUCUGUCAAAAUUGACUAGAAGAUACUCAAAAGCAAAUAGGCAUGAAGAGAUAAGUCAGCCUUUCUCAUUUUUCCCUCCUCAUCUCUACAUUAGUCAUGCUUUUCUUUCUAUUUUAGCCUUUGCAGCAAAAGAUUUUAGAUUUUGAAAGCCUGUAGCUUAUUGUUCAUGGUGAAACAAUACUAAAGGUAAGGUAUGUGAAGGUCGCGGCUUUAGGUUAAUUUCAUCACCUUUUCCGUGCUCCAUGACGUUGAAGGUCUUGUUAUCUUUGUAGCUCUUCUCUCUAUUAUACAUACAUAGUGGUUGAGAUUUGGUUCUUGUUUGGCCUUCAUUUGGAUCAUAUAUAUAUAUAUCCUUGUUUUUUUUUUAAGCAGCUUAUCAUCAACAUUGUUAUUUGGAAACUUCUUGGCUUUCAUUUUUGUUUAAUUAUUCUUGUCAGUCUUUCUGUGUU